CGUUAAUCAAAUGCUUAGGUUAGAAGCUUCCAAGUUCAAGGGGAAUAAAAAGUACCUAACAUGUACGAAGUAGCUACAUGUUUCUUAUGUUGAAAACGAACCGCCCUUGAAGCAGAGACCCAUUAAUCUAACCUACCUAUCUCACCUUUGUAAUUUCUCCCCCAGGUGUCUCAUUUCGUUGAAUAAAAAUAGAAAGAAAAGAAAAGAAAGAAGAAACGUCUUGAUGAGCUUCACCUAAGAUUCGAAUUCGACCUUAAGACCGAUCGCAACUUUUGAUCGCAGCUUUUGAUCGCAACUUUAACCCUAUUACGUUGAGGGCAGCUUUAGACGCAAACAGGUCUCCCCCAAUGCUACCACCAAUCGAUCGAAAUCAAACAUGACGGCCAAUUCGAACCGGUUCUCCACGUAUACGAGUACCUCAGUCGGUACCGGUUCGGAGGGAAAGAAGGAUGACCAGAAAAAGGACAUGUGGAGCUCUAUGCUCGACUCCGUCGCCAGCGGCAAGAGGCUACCUGAGAAAAACUUGCUGGUUCUUGGGGGUUCCGUAGAUUCGCAACGAGACUUCCUCGAAGCCCUGUCGAGGAACGACGGCCGGAAAGGCAUAGAUCGGAAUAGUCAAAAGACCCCCCCGAUAGCCAAUAGUUUUGCCCUUGGAUAUACAUAUUACAACGUCUUGGACGCAGACCAGGAGGACUUUCUAGCACGCAUAUCACUUUACCUCCUUACCAGUCCAUCUCCCUCCUUUACUGAGCUCAUCAAACCGCUUUUGACUCCGCAAUCGAUCGCGAACACAUUAAUAGUAAUACUGCUUGACUGGUCCCAACCUUGGCUUUGGAUGCGACAGCUUCGAGAGUGGUUGCUGCUGUUGCGAACCGUCAUCAUGUCCCUCAGUCCGGAGUGCAAGGAGACGAUGGAGGAGGUAAUGAUCAGCUGGAGAGACCGUGGGCGAACAGGUGGAUCCGUGAAUCUGGAUGGCACCGGCGCAGUUGCGGCAGAAGGAGACGUCGCAUUACCGCUCGGGCCAGGAGAGUGGGAAGACGCUCUAGGCUUACCACUCUGCGUCGUAUGCCAGAAUUCUGAAAGAAUAGACUACUUGGAAAAGACACAAGCGUGGAAAGAGGAGAAAUUCGAUCUCGUACUUCAAUAUCUAAGAACGGUGUUAUUAAGACACGGUGCUUCUCUUAUUUACACGACACCAUCGAUGGCCUCGCCGUUGCAAAGCCUUGUUCACGCCAGUCUUGGAAUCCACUCGUUACUGAAGCGCGGCUCCUUGAAAGCCAACGUCAUUGACCGAGACAAGAUUGUAGUACCCCCUAACUGGGACUCCUGGGGUAAAAUUCGAGUAUUACGGGAUGGCUUCGACGUGGAAACGGUUAGCGAAGGUUGGUCGAUAGACCUCGACCAACCUUUUCCCACGACAAAGACCAACGAGGCAAACGAUGCUAGCCACCAAGUAGGUGGCGACACAAGCGAAACGAACGAGCCCGAAGGGUCUUCUGUCGCACUCUACGAGGAGCAGGUCCAAGACACAAGUCUGGAUGCCCUACAACUGGCUCAAGGGAACCAAGAUACGAGCAAAUUAGAAGUGCCCUCAGUCGACACACAAGCCUUCCUUGCCAAUCAGUUAGAGCGACUUGAUCAACAGAAGAAGAUAGACGAGAAGACUGGUAAAGUUAACAACAACAACAACAACACAUUCUCACUAGAAACCCCCGAUGAUAUGAUCAGCGAUCAUAUUGGUCCGGUGCAGUUUAAUAUGGGUGGUAUUCAAGUGGAUGCCGACGAUAUGGUACAGCGGCUUAAGGACCGUCAAGCCUACGGACAAUCCCCUGAACCCCGCCCGGAUGAAGAGUCCCGGCUUGAAGAAGGAGGGACACAAGUAGAUACGGAUACGUUAGCCAAGUUCUUCGGCAAUCUAAUGAAUAGAAAGCCAACAGCUGGCGGCAGCGUAAGCAAGACGUGAUGGGAAUAAUGACGACGCUACGGGUGCAACACGAUGAAGGUUCAUGGCCGAGUUGCAUGUAGUUAGCAGUGACGAGAUCAUUCGUGCAAUGUGAACGACUCGAACAUGGAGAUCACAAGGAGUAAUCCCGACGUAUCACGCUCAAUCUAACGAGCAACGCAUCGUGGUUCCUAACGGGUUCACACAGAACCCUCCUUUCUCAUUUGUACAACCCCGUGUAAAAACAGGGGGUCGUGUUGGUAUCUGGGAGUGGCAGGAGAAUAAGGAGGGAGAAGCGCAGUAGAGCAAGGGACUACCAGGGCAGGAUUUUUUUUUUUUUUGGUGAAAGAUAAGGAGAAAGAGACUCGACUCGCAUCAGCACUUGGAGUUAUCGGCUGUCCGUCUAUCUGAAAACAUACCGUCUUUUCCGCCCGGGAGAGCGAUAAAUCCCUUGCAUCUAUGGUUCGAUAACUGUAGAAUAGAUACCCCUUAACCUAAACAAUACGAAGAGAACAGAAAAAUA